AUGCAAACUUCAAAAAUAUGUGUUUAUUUUCUUAGAAAUAAAUGCAAUAAAGGAGAUCAAUGUCCUUUUAAACAUGAUAAUGCAGAAGUUGAAAAAUUCUAAAAAAGCAUUUAAUAAUUAAAAAAUAGAAUUCCUGAAGGAUAUAAAUAAUAAACUAUUUAAAGAGAUGAUUAACAAAGAAGUACUUAAAAUCAAUUCAGAUUUGAUGGUAAUAUUACAUAAUGAUAAAAAGGAUUAAAAUAAAGAUAAUAAUAAAAUUAUACAAAUAAUAAUCCUUUUUUCAGAGAUAGAUAAUAAAAUAAUAAUUAAGGAAGAUAAUAAAACGAUAAUCAAGGAAGAUAGUAAAAUGAUAAUCAAGGAAGAUAGUAAAUUGAUAAUUAAGGAAGAUAAUAAAACGAUAAUUAAGGAAGAUAGUUUAAUUAUAAUUAAGGAAGAUAGUAAAAUGAUAAUCAAGGAAGAUAAUUUAAUUUUAAUUAAGAAAGAUCAAAUAAUUAAGGAAGAUAGUUUAAUUAAAAUUAAGGAAGAUAAUAAUAUCAAGGGAGAGAUUAGAAUAUGUUUUAAAAUAACAAUAGAGAUUAAAAUAUGUCCUAAAAUAACAAUAGAGAUUAAUAAAAUUUAAAUUAAGCAAAUGAUGAAUCAAAUAAUAAUAAUUUUCAAUAAUAAAAGAGAUUCAAUUAAAGAACAGAAAAUGAAAAUCCAUAAAACAAUAGAUUUUAAUAAAAUUAAUCAAAUUAUCAAUAAAGAAAUGAUUAUAGAUAUUAAAAUAGAGGAUACAAUUAGAAUUAAUUCUAAAAUAAUACAAGAUAAUUGGAAUGUGAACAUAAAAUCCUUACACAAAUUUAAACUAUUGAAAUUAGUGAAUUCAUAUAAUCUAUUUAUAUUGAACAAUUUAAAGUCUUAGGAGUAGCAAAGAAAAAAUAAAUCAUUUUUUAUAAAGUCAAUGAAUAAAUUGAUACUAAUAAUAAAACAUAAAUUUAAUUACCUGAAAAUACAUGUUUAAUUUAUUAAAUUUGGAAUUAAGUUAUUGAUAAUUAACUUGUAUUAAUUGUUUGCUAUUAAACCAAGAAAAUAUCAUUGAGAAAUAUUGCAAUUUAUCCAAAUUUGUGGUAAAAUUAUCAACAUUAUACCAUUUUGGAUGUUAGUAUUAAGGAAAUCAUACAUUGUAGAAUAUAAGGAAAUUUAUGUUUGGUAUUUAGUAAUGAUGGAAAUUUAAGAGUAUAUGUUAUUCAAAAUAAUACUAUAUUAUUUCCUCCUAGAAUUUACAAUUUUUAGAAUCCUAUUGAAUCUGUAUUAAGUAUUCAGAACUUCAACUAAUAGGAUACUUAUUAUAUAGGAUUGUAGAAUGGAUAAUUAUUAACAUUUAAUAAUGGAUAAUUCAUAUCCAUUCCUCAUGAAUUAAAUAAUUAAUAAUUUGCAUUAGUAGAUAUAAAACAUGAUAUAUAAAAUCAAUAGCUAUUUUUACUAUUUUGGCAUUUAAAUGAGGAAUUAAGUUACAUUUUACUUUUUAAUUUAAAUACUAUGAUAGUAAAUUCAAUAUUUAAAUAAAAUAUUAAAAUUUCUUAAAUAGAAUUAAUUAAAGAAUAUGUACUAUGUUCUAAUUCUUUAGGAAUUGUAGAUAUAUUGAAAUUUGAUUAAAAUAUGUAACUCUCUCCUUAUUCAUAUUAUCCUCAUUAAAUAGAACUAUGUAAGAAUUUAGUUAUAUUUAGCCAAAACAUAUAAUAAAAUAUCCAGCUUUAAUAAAAUCACUUUAAAAAAUGAGAAUUAAGUUGAGAUUCAAUUAUUGCUUUUAGGCAGAACUUGUACAGAAAAUUCAACCUAACACAAUAUCGAAUUACUAUGUUUUAAUUGA